AUGCGCGGCGCCGCGGGAUGCCCGGCGGAAUGCGAGGCGGGAUGCGCGGCGGGAUGCGCGGGGGGCGCCUGCGUGUUCGACUCGCGGGGGGUGAAGCGGGAGGGGGAAGAGGAGUUCCUGGUGCUCUGGGAGGGCCUCCUCGCCUUCACCAGCCUGCUACCCGCCUCCCUACUAUCACUCCCCCCACCAUUUCCCCUGCCUCCCCUUCAAGUCAACUCCCCACACUCCCAGCACUCCACACCCUCCGCUCCCCCAUCAGGCCAACCACCCUCCACCACAUUCAACUCCUCUUUCUCCAAUUCCUUCCGUCCCCACCUCCCACUUCCCAUCCCAAAACCCCACCUGUACCCCCAAUCAGACGUUAGAAUACCCUCCCAGCCUCUGCCUCCCCCCACUGCUAAGGUGCAAGCUUGGCACCAUCCAUCCCACAUGGGGUCUCCACCUCCUCCUCCUGCUGCUGCUGCCGCCGCCACCGCUGCUGCUGCUGCCACCAACGCCGCCGCCGCCGCCGCCACUGCCGCCGUCGCCGCCGCCGCCGCUGCUGCUGCUGCUGCUGCUGCUGCUGCUGCUGCUGCUGCUGCUGCUGCUGCUGCUGCUGCUGCUGCUGCUGCUGCUGCUGCUGCUGCUGCUGCUGCUGCUGCUGCUGCUGCUGCUGCUGCUGCUGCUGCUGCUGCUGCUGCUGCUGCUGCUGGUUGCCUGCUUCGCCUGCAUCGGCUCGGCACCAUCCCACACGGA